AUGGGUGGAGCAGGGGGGACGGGGAGGGGAAGAGGGGGGUGGGGGGGUGGGGGGGGGGAGGGAGGUCGGGGUGAAAGGGGGGAUAGGUGUGAGGAAGGGAAGGAGGGAGGGGGCAGGAGGGGGAAGGAAGGGAGGAGGUGGGGGGAAGGGGGGGGAGGGGGGUGGGGGGGUGGGGAGGGGAGGGGAGAGGGUAAGGAGAGGGGUGGGGGUGGAGGGGGGGAAAGGGGGGAAGGGAGGGGAGGGGUGGGGGGGAGGAGGUGUAGGGGAAUGAAAACAGGUGGGGGGCAGGGGGGGGGGGGAGGGGAAGAGGGCAAACGGGGGAGGGGGCAGGGGGGGGUGGGAAAAAGGGGGGGGGGGGAGGGGGGGGGGGGAGGGGAGUGA